AUGUCGCAGAAGAGUCAGGACUGUGAGCAGAAGCCCGGGCUCCAGGAGCAGAGCGAGCCCCAGAGCCUGGAGGGGGUGCAGAGCCCAGGGGCUGAGGAGGGGGCGGCUGCCAUGGCCUCCACUCCCUCCUCCCCUGAGCGUUCCCAGGAGGAGGUGACUCUUUUUGGGGCUGAAAGUACCCCCCGGAGUCCCCAGUGUGCCUCCUCCCCCCCAAGGGUCUUCUUAGCUGAGAGUCAUGAAGGGGCGAAUACUAGAGCCCUUGGGGCCAGGUCCACUGCUGAGCGCAGGCACAGAGAGAGGCUAGAAAAGAAUGUGUGGCGUGUGUUGAAUUUCCUGCUCUUCAAGUAUCGAAAGCAGGAGCUCACUAAUAAGGCUGAAAUUCAAUCUCUGCUCAGCAGAAGGGAUGAGAGAUACUUCCCCAGGAUCUUUGGGAAGACCUUGGAGAUCCUGCAGCUGCUCUUCGGUGUGGAAGCGAUGGAGGUGAACUCCACCUCCCACACCUAUGUCCUGGUCCCCUCCCUGGGCCUUACCUAUGACCUACUGUCCCCAAACCGUGUCCAGACCUUGCCCAGGAACGGCCUCCUGAUCACAAUCUUGUGUGUCAUCUUCCUGGAAGGCGGCCAUGCCCCUGAGGAGAAGAUCUGGGAGGCACUAGACACGAUGGAUGUGCAGGCAGGGAGGGAGCACUUAAUUUUUGGAGAGCCAAUCAGGCUCCUCACUCACGACUGGGUGCAGAAUGGGUACCUGGAGGUCAGACUAGUGCCCAACAGUCAGCCUCCCCGCUUUGAGUACCUGUGGGGGCCACGAACCCGCAUAGAAACCAGCGAGCUAAAAGUCAUGGAGUACCUGGCCAAGAUGAGUGGAAGGGAUCGGAAUUCCUUCCCAAAUCAUUAUUACGUGCAGGCUCUGAGAGGGGUGGAGGAGAGAGGGGGAGCUGAAGCCGGUGGUGCCCUGUGCAGGUCCUUCGGUUGUGUCCAUCACAGGCCACACCCACCACCUCCUAACCCUUAG